AUGAAUUUUGAGAGAGGUGAUCAAAACCAUCUUCAUCAUCAUCAACAAAACCACCCUACUUCAUCACCACCACCUCAAGAUCAUCAUCAUCAUCACCAAGAAGAAAUAACAAAGACUACUUCACCUUUUUUGACAAAUAUCAUGGCUACUACAAACAAAGGCUAUUCAAACACUACAUCAACAAAUACUUUUUUAGACACACAACAACAACAUCAUCAUCAUAAUCAUCAUCAUCAACAACAAUUUCAAUUCAACCAACAUGAUCAAGAACAUCAUCACCAUGCUGACACUACCAAUCAAAUAUCGUUCGCUAUGAUCAAUAAUAAUUCGUUGCCUUCGUCAUCUAUCCGUCCCUCUACCAAUCACAACAAUAUCAUGAGAAAUGAUGGAGGUGGGCCUUAUGAUUUGGCUGAUUUAGAUCAAGCACUUUUUCUCUAUGGUGAAGGCCAAGCUUCUGCUUCUGAUCCUUCUUCAGUUUCUACUGUCCAAGAUCAUCAAAGACAGGCUUCAGCAUCUUCAGGAAUGAGACCUCCAACUCUAAACAUAUUCCCAUCACAACCGAUGCAUGUAGUAGACCCUUCAACCUCUACUACAAAGGCAACAACUGGAUUAAUUUCUCCAUCAAGCAGUGGUUCAAGAAGACCAUCUGAGGCCUCAAUGGACAACAUCUCCAACCCACAAAAGGAUGCUCUUCCAACUGCCCCUCAAUCCUCUAAAGCUAUCAAGCGUGAGGGAAAUAAGAAAGCGCCAACGACUAGUUCAGACCAAGGUCGACCCAAGACGCCAGAUCCUAAGACUUUGAGGAGGCUUGCUCAAAAUAGAGAGGCAGCAAGGAAAAGCAGGCUAAGAAAAAAGGCUUAUGUUCAGCAGUUAGAAUCAAGUAGAAUUAAGCUUACCCAAUUGGAACAAGAGUUGCAAAGAGCUAGAACUCAAGGCGUUUUUCUUGGUGGCGGCGGUAGUGGUGUUCUUGGAGCUGAUCAAGGUGUUCCUCUAGCAAUGAGUAACUUAAGCUCGGAUGCUGCAGUGUUCGACAUGGAGUAUGCAAGGUGGCUUGAGGACUACCAUCGUCAAAUGUGCGAACUUCAAGCAGCGGUACAAGAACACUUGCCAGAAAACGAGCUACGAAUCUAUGUCGACAAUUGUAUAGCACGUAUCGAUGAUGUAAUGAAUCUGAAGAGUAUUGUUGCAAAAUCUGAUGUUUUUCACAUCAUGUCGGGCACCUGGAAGACUCCUGCUGAGCGAUGCUUUAUGUGGAUUGGAGGGUUUCGACCAUCUGAGAUCAUCAAGAUAGUUCUUGGUCAAAUCGAGCCAUUAACGGAGCAACAACUAAUGGCAAUAUGUGAAGUACAACAAGCAACACAUGAGGCAGAAGAAGCCCUGACGCAUGGUCUCGACGCAAUGAACCAAUCUCUAUCCGACACCAUUGCUUCCGAUGCUCUUAGCUCCCCGACAAACAUGGCUAACUACAUGGGUCAAAUGGCUGCAGCCAUGAACAAGCUCUCCUCUCUCGAAAAUUUUGUACUACAGGCCGAUAAUUUGCGUCGCCAGACAAUCCAUCAUGUUCUUCAACUCCUAACGACGCGUCAAGCAGCCAGGAGUUUGCUAGCAGUUGCUGAGCACUUUCAUCGCCUACGCUCUCUCAGUACUCUUUGGUUGGCACGCCCUCGACAAGAUUAG